AUGUCGAGAUUCAGUCCGUCAAGGAGUUCAAUUAUCAAAAUUGGUAAGCAUCAACGUCGUGCUAUCGCCACAACAACCAAUGCCACUAAACCGAAUCAUUAUGAUUUCUACGUUGCAAACCAGUUCCUGACGGUCAAUUCAGUGGGUCAACAGGUUAACGAACUACGAUCAAAACCGAUCUAUGACGUAUUUUUAGGUGGCAGCUGUGGCAACACUGUAUGGCGAAGAGACUUGGUAAUACCGUACUUGGAAAAACGCGCUAUCAGCUACUAUGAUCCUCAGAGAAGUGUUUGGAAUGAACAUAUGAUUAACGAAGAAAGCGUUGCCAAAGAGAAUUCAAAUCUGUUUCUUUUUGUGCUUGAUCCAGCAACUGUUAAUGCGACAUCAUUUCUGGAAAUUGCAUAUUUUGCUGCCCGCAAAGCACCCAAGUUAGUGGUUGUUUUCUUGAGGAAGUCAGAGUGGAAGAAACGGGCACAUCCUGAGGAUUUACUUGACAGGCAACGUACUUGUGAUCUUCUCGAUGAUAUACUAACAAUGCACGAUGUUCCUGUCUUACAGUCCAUUCAGGACGCUCUUCGUUACAUUGAUGAAAUUAUAAUUGGUGAAAAGAGCUGGUCCGAAGCAAUGUCUAAUCCGUUGCAAAGGCUUCCAUAUAUGCUCCUACGAGGGAGGCGUGCAUGUCGGCAAUCAGUAAAUCACAUACGAUAUGCAUUACGAAAUGUUAAAAAUAGUGUAACAAAGUGGAGGGGUUGCAAGUUUCUCUUACUAGGUUUGUUUGAAAUUUUAUUAUUAUUGGCGGUGUAUUUCUUCCUGCGUACGCUACCACUUAUUCUCCUACUGAUACCAUUUCUAGCAUUUGAUGUUUUCAUGGCACUUUUCUCAGCCAUUUAUUAUUGCUAUAAAAUAAAUGCAGCUGCACGACGUCGUGCUAAAUUAAUAAAUGCAGCAGCAGUAUCACUACCAAUACCCGGUCAUGCCGUUGUGCCUUGCAAUAUCGUUGCUCAGCAAAUACCGCUCAGUUAUUGUUAUCAGUCGAUGAAUAGCAGUAUUCAUGCAGCUGCAACCUCACUUCCUUCACGUUUAUUGAAAAAGCGGUCGUAUGAUAGUAGCAGUAGUGUUGCGAAUCCACUAAGAUGGAUGAAUGCGAAUGGAUAUGAUAUUUUUCUCGGAUGCAGUUCGAGAAGCCGUAUUGACCUUGCUUGGAUUAAUCAUUAUGCAGCACCGCAGCUACAUAGGAAAGGAUUGUCAUUUUGUUCGGAGUUAAUAGUGGAAAGGCAUAGACGAUUGAAUACUUUACAUAUGACAAAGCACAUACUUUAUCAUAUACCGUCUUAUGAAACUAUGCUCUCAGGCAUGGUUGAGGUAGCUUAUUUGCUUGGUCAUCCAACAAUGGAGUUGACGAUUUGUAUGCCAAAACGUGCUAAAAUGUUUGUAUCUACAUCGAACAAUGAUGAUGAAUUAAGAAAAUAUAUUGCAAGGCGUAAUGAAUCAUAUCGUAUGGCAUUUUGCUAUCUCAGGGAUAUGGCUGAGAGAAAACACUGUGAAAUUUUUUCCGAUUUGGAUGAUGCUCUCCAGUAUGUUAUUUCUUGCUCAAAAAAAUGA